AUGGAGUUGUACGCAUCGGGUUUCAAUGCCUGGGGCCAACUUCAAUUCCACGGCUCGGAGAGCCGCGCAGAGCCAGAUGACCUGCGCAAAUUUACCCGCGUGCUAACGGGGGAUGCCAUCAGGCGCCCGCGAACAUCCUUGUCACAUACUACAGUGGUCGUCGACGGCAGAGCGAGAACCGCAGGCUACCUGCCCAUGGCUCACGCACCACUAUGGGGCAAGGAUUUCCUAUCAGAUCAUAUGCUCGCUGAGGCAUCGAACGGAUCCGUUGCAGUCCUUGAUCAGACCGGCUCCGUUCGGUGGUAUCAGUCGCUCGAUAGAUUCCUGAGCCAGGAUAAGGGUCAGACAUUCCCGCAGCUUCCGCCGUGUAAACAAGUCGUGGCAUAUGAAACCGGCUUCGCGGCUCUGACGCACACCGGCCAGGUCUAUACCUUGGGCGAUGAGCGGUACUCCGCCUGUCUCGGCCGGGAAACAUCCCCAGCCAGCCCGGCGGACGAGCCCGGCCUGGUCACUGCCCUCCAAGACUUGCCCACGGGGCCUAUCGCCAAAAUAAGUGCUGGCGGAUACAUACUGGCAGCGUUGACAACCGGAAACGAUCUGUACCUUUGGGGAGGCCAUCCCGGCAGGAAGACCGUUCCAGCGGACAUCACCGACGAACCAACGCCCAUCGAUAUCGAAGAGAAGGACAUUGUGGACGUCACUGUUGGCGAGACACACAUCAUCGUCUUGACGACAGAAGGCGACGUCUUUGUCAUUGGCGAGAACGGAAACGGGCAGCUAGGCCUGCCGAGCAAGUCAGAAGAAUCAUGGAGCCGGGUCGAGCUGGGUUUGAAGGACGGGCGAGGAGUCGUUGGAGUGCAAGCCGGAGCAAGGAACUCGUUUCUCUUGGUUCACAAGGGAGCAAUCUAG